AUUCCUCCAUUUAUCAUCCUCAAGUUCACUUCACGUGUCGCCCCCGUCCCUCCUUUUAUAAUGAUGUUGUCAAAGUUGUAUUUCAUAGCUGUACAUUUCCAUUUUAUUUGUGCUGGAUAAACAUCAAAUACUUUCCUCUGUAUCCACCCUGCUCUCUCUUCUCCACCCUCAGACGGUCUUCUCCCACCCACCCCACUUUCUAAUUGGACUUCAUUACCAUUUCCUCUCAGUUUUUCCCAGACGGGCUUUCUGACUAGAGGUCUCUUUGUCACUCACGGACAUCAGCAGCUCUCAAAGAUAUCAUCACCAUCAGGUAGGAUGGGCUGUUUUCUUUUCUGCAGAGUUGAGGAAGAGGGAUUCAGCACAUGGCACAGAGCUGGGCUUAGACACUAUUAUGCAUCCGACUACCAGAGUAUAUCACGAUCAACUCUUGAUGGAUAAAUUACAGUCUUUGUAAUGUAGUCGAGUAAAAGUGUAGAAUAGAAGGGAAAUGCACGUCCCACAAAACUGAACUUGAGUACUAUACUUUGGAAAAUGCAUUCAGCUGAGAUAGUUUGAUCCAAGUGAGGGUAUAACUCAAGAAAACUGUGUUUAAGAAAGACCAUAUUCACCUCCAACAGCCUGGUACUGACUUACAGUAAACGUGGAUGAUAUUAUUGUACUCCAGCCAGCCUCGGGCUAUAUGCCAAAAGUUUUUCAAACAUCUGUCGUGGCUCACUGGUUUCUUUCUUCCAGAGAAAUCAGAUAUUAGGAUCCUAAUCCUCCCGCUGGUGCAAAACCCAGACACCGAGACAAAAUCAACCAGACUAACUGAAGUUUACGUUCUGGACCGAUGCCUUUUUUUCUGGUUCUUCCACCACAUGAGAUCGAUGACAUUAAUCUGAAAAAGGGAAAGAGCGUUCAGACUGUCUGACCAAACAGCGGAUUAAUAACCCACAUGAAAACAUUGAACUAACUCCUACAAAUCACAACAGUGUGCAGCUGAACAGUAAACAUAAUACUUGACACGUUCGAGGUCUCUAAGCAGUGAAUUACAUGGUUAUUGAAAACAUUCAUGUUUGUAAUCCUCUAAGGGCUACUGAGGGGUGGUGGUAGACAGCUGUUCAGACUCUCAGUAUUCAUCCUCUUGUCUGCUCUCCUCUUCUGCCAGGAACGCUGACAUGCAUUUUUGUCUCCCUCCUCCUUUUUUCCCUCACUCUCUCUUUUUCUUCUCCUCCUCCCUUUUCCUCUCUCUUUUCACUAACUUUCCACUUAAAAAUUUGAAGACCUCUGAAUGAUUUUAGAUCUUUUAUUUAAAUUUUAAAGUUUAAAAAAUUAAACAUGAAUAGGUUGUUGUGGAGAAGCCGGUCUUGUUAAACAGCUGGAGACCCUUCUGCUGAGCUCAUCAGAUCAGUUUACGGCUCUCAGACGCCGCUACAGUAGAGGGAAGCUGUGUCCUCUGCAAGAAAACAACUCUGCCAGAAGAUGCUGUAAUACUAAAGGACUUACUAAUCUUAAACUGGUUACAAAGUCAAAAUAAACAAUUAUAUUUAAUGUCGAUUAAGGGAUCCAAAAUAAUACAAAAAUAUGAAACAGAGAAAGACAGGAAGACAGAGAUAAAGAUGGGAAAUGGUGUAACCUUAUUUGACAUUGUGAGUAGUGUCUGAUCAGGCAGUCUGGUAUUCAGCUUCACUUCAAGCUGUGAUCAGAAACACCUGUUCAGUAACAAAGAGUGCCAUGUUUGCUUUGAGGAUAUGAUUCAUCAUCAUGUCAGGAAUUUGAGUUAUUUUUCUCUUCUUGCAUUGAGCGGACAGAAGAUUAUGCAACUUCUGAGUGUCACUGAAUCUGUAGAAAUGCACGCUGAUUUAACCAAUGAUUAAUACCAAACAAAGCUGUGCUGAUACCUUGUUAUAGUCCUUUUACAUUUCUCGUAAUUCUUUCACUUCCUAUCAGAUGCUUUCCCUGAAAUGGACCUGAAACAGAUCAUACUCAUUAACCCGUCAUUUGAGGAAGCUGAAUAACAGGCUAGGUCUAAAAACUACCCCUGUGUUAAUAAACAAAAGCUCCACGUGGGCGUCGUCACUGACAGACCUCUCUAUAACCUCCAUUUGUUAGGGCAUGUCUUCAUAAGCUCAACGAUAUUAAAUUGUCUGACUAAAUCUGCUUUGGUGGAAUGGGACACAAAAUGGCAUCUGCUCUAAAUUACUACUUAUUUCCUCACAGUUUUGGCAUAUACGGGACAUAUAAUAAAAAGUGACUACUUAGUAAUGUAGUACAAUAUUACAGUUUUGACUUUGUCUUUGAACCAAACAUGGAAUUUGAAACCAAGUCAAACACAUGAAAAGCAUGACCAAAUAGGAAAUUAGGAGACUGUGGAAAAUAUUCUUUGAAUCUUAAUGGAUUUCACAUGAAAAACAGUUCUCCAGGUCUCUGGUCUUGGGCAGUGGCUGAAUCCUGUGCCCCAAGUACAGAGCUACAGUCCUCAAAGCAGGCAGCACAGACUUUGUCCACUCUCUCUCUUCCUAGUUUCCUCCUCCACCCACUGUCUCAUCCUCUCAAUAGGCAUCAAAAGCCCCUCUAAAUGGGAAUAUUCACCAAUUUCCACCCUCAAGCAACGACAAGUUUGACUGCUCUUUCCUGUCUUGAAACACUCAUUUCAGAGUGUUUACCUGUGUUGUAUUUUCUAUUGUUUUGUGCUCUCCCCUCCUCUGUUAUACGAUACUGUGUAAUUUGAAUUCUUCACAGCGGCAUUUGUGGUCCUCUUUUGUUUGAUCGCAUCUCUAUUAUCUCAUCUCAUGCAGUCUUGUUUGUACUUUGGUGUUACUCCCACACAAAGCUGAAUGUAAACUGUGAUGAUUCCACUCAUACUUUUUCUUUUUAAAUCUUUGUGAGUCUGACCGAUUUAUGCUUUUACUCCCCCUCAGCCCUCACACUGCGAUGAGCUCUCUCAGGCUGGUGCCCCUGUUGCACUCCCUCCUUGUCCUCCAAGUCCAUCUUUCCAACCAGUUAGAAGACAACAAGAUCCCUCCCAGUCUCUGCACUGGUCUCCCUGGUAUCCCUGGAGCUCCUGGAGGCCAUGGAAGUCCUGGUCAGCCUGGCAGAGACGGGAGGGAUGGUCGAGACGCUGCUCCAGGGGAGAAGGGAGAAAAAGGAGACAGAGGCAGCCCAGGUGAUCUGAUUUAAUAUUUACAUGUGAUUUAUUGUCUGCUGGUGGAGUCUCAGGUCUAUAAUCAUUUCUUCUCCAGGUGAGACAGGAGUACGAGGCUUCACAGGGGACAGAGGUGAACAUGGAGAAAAGGGGGAGAGGGGCCAGUCAGGUGAAUGCGCUGUGGCCCCUAAAUCAGCUUUUAGUGCCAAGCUCGCAGAGGGCCUCACUUUGCCCCUCACUGUGGCUGAAGCAGUCCGCUUCGACAAGAUCAUGAUCAACGAACAGGGUGACUACAAUCCAGAGACGGGGCGCUUCACCUGUAAAGUCCCCGGGGUUUACUACUUCGCCAUCCACGCCACCGUCUACAGAGCGAGCCUGCAGUUUGACCUGAUGAAGAACGGACACACGGUGGCAUCUUAUUUCCAGUUCUAUGGUAACUGGCCCAAACCAGCGUCUCUGUCAGGUGGCUCCUUACUCCACCUUGUCCCUGGUGACCAGGUGUGGGUCCAGAUGGCCCUGUCAGAGUACAACGGGUUUUACUCCAGCACUAAGACAGACAGUACCUUCACUGGCUUCCUGGUUUACUCAGACUGGAAAAACUCUGCUGUGUUUGCAUGACGUGAACAAAAGCGAGUCAUUUUCUGACUUUAACUAUGAAACAAACCACCACCUUUUAUUUUAUUUCCUUUGUAUGACUAAGAAGUUCUGGAUUAAGACAAGUUAACAAGAUGUGACAUUUUACAUCUGUAUUUGGGUAAUAAGUGAAAAACACUCCCCAGACAAUGUUACUUUAAAUGGCACAUACUGUACUGGUGUGGUGUAGUUGUCUUCACUCGUGGGCAGUAAUGUUUCUUCAUCUGCAGCUUUGAAGCGCUGCGACUCAUAAGUCUUGUAAUAGAUGAUGUGACAACGGCUCCCAGCCAACUCCAAGCCACAACUUUAAACAGCUUUAAUACUUUUAUUCCACUUCGUUUACUGUCGAUUUCUGCACCUCAAACAUGUAAAAUAAUAAAUAGUUGUAGUUUUGAAAAUACAUACGUUUCUUUUAUUGCAAAAAUCAUUUCUGCUUCACUUUCUUACUCAUGUAACUUUUUUUAAAUUGCCCUUUUAAGUGACGAUUUAUCAUACUGACAUUUUUACAGUGUUAUCACUCAAACAUAAGAUUCUACUUUACACAGCUUUACUCAUAUAUAUUUAUACUACUAUUUGAUAGUGAUGAGUUUACAUCAAGCCUCAAAGUGUUAGUGGAUGGAGCUGUUAACAACUUACAGACAUCUGAGUCAGAGAACGAUAUCUGUCAUUUACCAAAAAGGUUGUAAUUUACUACUGUUGAGAUAUGCAUCAUGUUUUAUGCACACAACAUUUGUCUUUCUAAUUGAAAAUCAUAAUCUGAAAAAGAAAGGAGUGGCUGCAGUCAGGAGAGUGUCCUUACUUUUUAUUAUUCACUAUUUUUACCCAGUGUGGCCCAACUAGAGCUCUGACUUAUGCACUGAAAAACAGGAUUUAUCUACUAUUUAUCUUCAUUUAAUGUAACUUUUUGUGACUUCUAACAUUCUUCUAACACAUUCUAACAAAAGUAACCUACCAGAGCAGCACUAUGUAUUUCUUCAACACUUAUAUCUUUAGGAAGUCAAAGCAAACUCCUGCACACUGUCAAAAUACAGGCAAUGUUCAGGAAAUGAUGCUAAUAUAUGUAUAUUGGACUGUUGAUGUCUUUGCAAACUGAACCUGCUUUUUGUGCUUCAUUGCCUCAUGUUUUACAAAAAAAAAUCAUGUUUUGUGUAUCACUCAUGUUUGCAUAUUGAGGUUUGCAUAUUGACUCUAAAUUUUGUAUCCCUCAUACAUUUUUCGGAACAGGAUGGAUUUUGUGUCCAUUCAGUGGUGUCUGAAUUAGAAAUCAUGAACUAUCUUGAUCUUGUCUGAUCCAGGUGUCUGUGGACACUGUUUCCUAAAAUCAAACAUACCACUAGCUACAGAUCAGUUAAAGGUCAGUUGCUUCAAAAAAGUUGGUGGCCUCUUUUUUUCUUUAAGAUGCUAGAAGCACUUUAAACUGGACCACUGAUAUCCUGAAUUAUAUCUAGAAGUUAUUUGUGUAAAUUUGCAGCUGCUUAAUCAGCAGGUGAAACUCUUUUUGCUCUUUUUUUGUAAAGCUCAGUGUUUUCUGUUUCUUAUUAUUAGUGACUGAAAGACCAACAAAUUUA